AGCUUUACCAAGAGACAAAGAUUAAUUGGGGUUACGCAGUGCGGGCCCACAGCUAGCCGGCGACGCGUUAACUGUUAGCCGGAACCCUCCUGCGUGACAGCUUUCAGCUCCGCAGACCAGCGCUCGCCUCCGCCCGCCGGAGAGAGCCGCUGCCUUGUCGAAACUUCGGCAGGUCUCAAGCGGACAGAGCGGCCGCGCGCGCCAGCCAGGGCGUGCGCUCAGCUCAGCUCGGGAGACAGACGCCGCGAGCCGCCGCGCGUCUACGAGGGGCGCCGCCGACCGCGGUCAGCCCUCCGGGACGCACGAUAGGCAACGACAGCAGCAAAUCGUCGGGCCAGCCGGCAAACAUGAACCUCUUCGGGCGGCGGCGGUCGAAGCCGCGGGGCGCCCCGGCGUCCAAGGACCCGGCGCAGACGAUCGUGUCGUUGCGGGGCACCCUCGACACGUUGGAAAAGCGCCAGGCCCACCUCGACAAGCAAAUCGCCAAGCAGGUCGCGGAGGCCAAGGCGAAGAUGGCCAAAAAGGACAAGCGCGGCGCUUUAUUUUGCCUUAAAAAGAAGAAGAUGUACGAAGCGGAAAUCGAGAAACUGAACGGCGCGCGCCUGACCCUCGAGUCGCAGAUCAUCGCGCUCGAGGGCACGGUGACGAAUGCGGACACCGUCGCGGCGAUGAAAUCGGGAGCGACCGCCAUGAAGCACGCGCGGGCUGAUGUCGACGCCGACGCCGUGGGUGAUUUGAUGGACGACAUCCAGGAGGAGAUGGCCACCGCCGACGAGAUCUCGGCGGCGAUCAGCGCUCCUGGCGGCGAUUUGUUGGGAGAUGACGAGCUGCUCGACGAGCUCAACGAGCUCGAGGAGCACGAGCUCGAAAGUCAAUUAUUGGACGCGCCGCCGAUCCCCGUGGCGCCCCUGCCCGAUGCACCGCUCUCAAUGCCUGCGGUUCCGACGCAGCCGCCGGCCGCACCCGCGAAACAGGAAGAUGCGGAUCUCGCCGCGCUGCGGGAGCUCGAGGCGGCGAUGGCGAUGUAGUCCUCGGAGUAACGAUUGACCUUUGUA